AUGAGUUUGGGAAAAUCAAGCCUCCCAAGAGAAUCUAGAGAAGCAUCCACAAGUGAUAGAGAAGAAUCAACUACAGUUCUUGAUAAUAGCUUAUCAACUAAGGGAAAUCCCAAUUCAAUGUAUUCUGCUAAGUGGGGAAGCAAGUCUGGGUCUUCAUCGUCGUCGUCGUCAUCAUCGUCGUCAUCCUCUUCCUCACUUGUCUCAGCCUCAGCAUCACCACCGAAAAGUAACCACCUCAACAUUAAGAAGCCAGAAGUUCCAAGUUCAGAAUAUCAAGAAGAAUAUGGGAGAAGUUUUGUAAGGGGCCGUCCGUCUGCUUGUGUAUUUGUUGCAAGUUUGAAAUCCAACAUGCUGGAUGACGAGCUUUGUGUAUCGGUGCAUGACCAUUUUAAACAAUGGGGUCAGCUAUCCACAGUCAAAGUCUUGAGAGAUACAAAGAACAGACCCUACGCAUUUGUUCAAUACUUGAAUGAGAAGGAUUCAAAACUUGCUAUUGAAGGAGGCCACAACUCGAUGUUAGAUGGAAGGAGAAUUCGUUGCGAGGCUGCAAAAGUGAAUAGAACAAUAUUCAUGACUUCUCCACUUAGUUUAUCGCUGGGAGCAGUCGAAGGAAAGUUAUCGAAAUUUGGCGAAAUCGAGGAGUUAACCCCGAGUAAUGCAGCGGGUCAAUGCUAUACAAACGCACCAAAGCUUAGGGGCUAUAAGAAUUGGUACUGCAGGUUUGCUUAUCGUGAUGACGCCAUUCGAGCAUAUGCCAAUCUUACCGAGGAAGGAGCUUACCAAGCAGAAUGGGCUCAAAAUGUUGAGAAGUCCAAUGCUGUCAGCUUCAAGGAGGACACAAGUUUUGAUUCCAACAGGGCAGUUGCAAACGGAUCUCGUUUUGACAGAUUUGCCGUUUUCGUUGGUCAGUUGAGUCCCAAUAUUACAGAAGCUGAGCUCAGAGAGAGAUUUCAACGUCAUGGCAAGAUUAAAAGUCUCCACCUUUACAAAAGAUUUGAGAAUAAUUUUGCAUUUAUUGCUUUCUUUGAUGAGUCAAGCGCCGCUAGCUCGGUAGAGGUCGAGAAUCAUGCCAUGCUUUGUGGCAAGACCAUGCAUGUUCAGUAUCGAGAAUUGCAAAAUCAUUGGAGAAAUUCUAAUGUACACCGUGUGCCACUUGCUCCACCACCUAUACAUGUUGGCAAGAAAGACAGAAUUUACACUGCCCCUGUAAAACCAAGAUUUACAGGUCGCUCUUCGAAUGUACCAAGCAAAUGUUACGCUAACAAGAAGCUCUCUAUUUCCAACAAAUGGCAAAAUGAAGGCAACAAGACUGGUGUCAAAACUUCGUUUCGUCCUUGGCAAGCAUCGCAAUUGGAAUUAAAGAGUGGUACAAAAGCUAAUGAACGGGAUACAGCUCCUAAACGGUUCAUUCCUGGAUCCGAGCAGUUUGAGAAAAUUGGAGCAAAAGUUUGUUUAGAGAAUCAUACUCUCGAGAAGCGGGAAGAAAAGGCCAAUGUCGUUGCUACAUAUCCGGCACCCCCCAGUACUGGUUUCCCAUUGUUUUACUACGUUCCUGCAGAAAAUGCGAGCUAUCCACCUGGUAGUCGACUGGGCUCUUACUACAAUGUUUAUCCACCUUAUUACGAUGCAGUUCAACCACAUUCCCAAAUUGGGGGAGGCGCCAUCGGUGCUCGUGCUGCUGCUGCUGUUGCUGCUGCUAGUGCUGUUGCUGAUAGUUCGAGCGAAUAUACCCCUGCAAUGCAUCGUUCACCAUCCUACGGAAUUCCUAAUUAUGUUUACUAUCCUAAAGAGGGUAGAUCGGGAAGCAAGGAAAAGUUUGCCCAAUAG